CUUUCGCAAACCCUAGCUGCUCUCUGUCACUCUCUCUCUCUAUGUCUGCAUGAAACCUGUGCACUAGUAUAGAUCUACUUAUAUAAACGCGCACAGUGACGGUUAUAGCUAAAAAAUGGCGUCAAGGGCGAACUUGAGUAGAUCACGACAGUUGAUCAAACCCCUAAUUUACGACUCCGCCAUAUUCAAAUCAAUUUCUACCUUCACAUUCCUCUCACAACAACCCCAACUGGCCGAUUCACCACCACCUUCCACCGCCACACCCCUACCUCCAAAUCCAGCUUCUGGUAGCCCACUCUACAACGAGAACUGGCGAAACCCUAUUCCUAAUCAGUCCCAAUCCCUUAUACCCCUUGGAUUGAUCCUCCAGAGCCCGUCUUCCCGAAUACAGGCCCUUUCUGAAACCCUAGAUGUUCAAUCUAUAAUGAACGUGUUUGCAGAUUGGAUGACGAGCCAAAGGUGGGCCGAUAUGAAGCAGUUGUUUGAGUUUUGGAUAAGGUCGUUAGAUAAGAAUGGGAAGCCCAAUAAGCCUGAUGUGAACUUGUAUAAUCAUUAUUUGAGGGCUAAUUUGAUGAUUGGGGCAUCCGCUGGUGAAUUGUUGGAUCUAGUUGCUCAAAUGGAGGAUUAUGGGAUUGUGCCCAAUACAGCGUCGUUUAAUCUGGUGUUGAAGGCCAUGUACCAGGCUAGAGAGACUGAAGCUGCGGAGAAAUUGCUGGAACGAAUGUUGCAGACGGGAAAAGAAUCUUUGCCUGAUGACGAGUCAUAUGACCUGGUUGUUGGCUUGCUGUUUUUAACAAAACAAUAUGAUGCUGCUCUCAAAUAUAUAGAUUUAACUUUAAAGUCUGGGUACAUGUUGUCAAUGAAUGUGUUUACUGAAUGCGUGCAAAGCUGUGUUAACGAGGGGAGGCUGGAUAUGUUGGUGUCCAUUAUAGAGAGGUGCAAGACAAUGGAUCAAAACAAAUCGCUAUGUCCACCUUGGCGGUUGUGCAACUAUCUUGCAGAGGUUGCAAUGCAAGCAGAUCACAGUGCAUUAGCUUAUUAUGCCCUGGAAUUCAUGGCAAAAUGGAUUGCUCGAGGUGAGAAUGCAAGACCCCUUGUUCUGCUCUCUGUAGAUGAAGGAUUGGUGGUGUCUGCACUUGGAACUGCUGGCAGAACUUACAAUUCUAAACUUCUGGAUGGAUCAUGGGCAAUCCUCAAGCGCUCCUUGCGUCAGAAGGUCCCCAGCCCAGAAUCCUACCUCGGAAAGAUAUAUGCCCAUGCUUCGUUAGGGAAUCUACAGAAAGCAUUUAGUACUCUGCAUGAGUUUGAGAAAACUUAUGAGAAUACUACUAAAGAAGCUAAAGAAGAUUUACUCUCUCCAUUCACCUCUUUAUAUCCUCUGGUCAUUGCAUGCUCCAAGAAUGGAUUUGCGACCUUGGAUGCCGUGUACUAUCAGCUCGAGAAUUUGAACCAAGCUGAUCCUCCUUACAAGUCUGUUGCCGCGUUGAAUUGUAUAAUCCUAGGAUGUGCAAAUAUUUGGGAUGUUGAUCGGGCCUAUCAGACUUUUAAUGCAAUAGAUGCCACUUUUGGAUUGAGCCCUGAUAUCCAUUCAUACAAUGCUCUGAUAUGUGCAUUUGGGAAGCUCAGUAAGAGGGAUGAAGCUUCAAAAGUGUUUGAGCACUUCGUAAGUUUGGGUGUCCUACCAAAUGCUACAUCAUAUUCUCUGCUUGUUGAUGUUCAUCUCAUUAAGCGAGACCCAAAAGCUGCUAUCUCUGUAAUUGAUGAUAUGGUAACUGCGGGCUUUGAACCACCAAAGGAAAUACUUAAGAAGGUCCGAAGGCGAUGUGUUCGAGAACUGGACUAUGAAAGUGAUGACCGGGUGGAGUCCUUGGCCAGAAAGUUUAACAUCCGAAUGGGUACAGAGAACCGCCGAGACAUACUGUUUAAUCUUGAUUACAGCGACUCACGAACUAGAGGUUCACUUGCAUCAUAGCCGAUAUGAGGUUUGUUUCUUUUGUAUCGGGACAUUCCAGUGCUGACAAUGAAGUUUGCCACAUUGCUUGUGUUAUCUUCCUUCAGUCACUCGGCACACCUACGAUCUUGUCUGUAAAUUAUGUGAUCAUGCUCUAUUUUUCGGCCUUAGAAGGAUGAACGUUAGGAUCGUAGCCUGAAGUAGCGAAAUGUCAAUUUUCUUGAUGUAUUCUUUUCUGCUUUUUCAGGAGAGGGCUAGCAAAUCGUUAUUCAAUGAGAUAUUUAGAUGUUGAUGAUUAACUGUAGGAUCAUCCAGACACUGAAAUAAUCUUAAGAUGUUGGGUGUAAGAGCUUUUUGCACAGUUCUUCUUUGCCAUAUUUAAGUUCAUAAUAGAUUGCAUAUUUGGGUGUUCCUGGCUAAGCAUAUACUU